AUGUUUAAGGCUCCUUCUAAGAAAGCCUUCAUUAGAAACCUGAGCUGUUCUCAGAAAAGAAACGUUUCACGGGCCUGGCAGUACAUUGAGACCCACCUCAAAAUAAACAUCAACAAUUUUUUCACCAAAGUUGUGGGGUACAUCAAGAGUAUGGAGAACCAGCUGUGGAUUUGGGGGUAUUACAGGUACGGGGGGGAGUUUAAUGAGGGGUUGAUAAACGCGACGAAUUUCUCCAUAGUGUCAAGUAAUGUGGAUAUUGUUGCUGAGAAGGAUGAUGGCAUGGAGUAUGUAGAGGAGUUUGGAGAAGAGUUGGAGGAUGAUGAGGAGAGGGUUUCGCCGAUUAUUAUGGAGGCUGUAAUUACGGAGAAUGGGGGUGUUGAUUAUGUGUUGCAGAAUAGUGCUAAAGGCUUGGGUUUGCACGAUUUAACCAAGGAUGUUUUCGAGCAUAUUCAGUCCGAGUGGAUCACCAAGGUCACUCCUGAUCUGUUCUGCGUUCACAGACUCGAAAAUAGGAUACAUGAGAAUGUCAUGUCUCCUUUCAAGAAGCUCAGAGACCUUUUGACAUUGUCUAAAGGAAAGCUGCAGAAGCAGAACCUAACUAUUGUCUCCGUACUCAAUAAAAUCAUGGACUUGGAGCACUUUACCCUCACGAUGUUCAACGCUCCUUCUAAGAAAGCCUUCAUCAGAAACCUGAGCUGUUCUCAGAAAAGAAACGUUUUAAGAGCGUGGCAGUACAUUGAGACUCAUCCCAAAAUAAACAUCAACAAUUUUUUCACCAAAGUUGUGGGGUACAUCAAGAGUAUGGAGAACCAGCUGUGGAUUUGGGGGUACUACAGGUACGGGGGGGAGUUUAAUGAGGGGUUGAUAAACGCGACGAAUUUCUCCAUAGUGUCGAGUAAUGUGGAUAUUGUUGCUGAGAAGGAUGAUGGCAUGGAGUAUGUGGAGGAGUUUGGAGAAGAGUUGGAGGAUGAUGAGGAGAGGGUUUCGCCGAUUAUUAUGGAGGCUGUUAUUACGGAGAAUGGAGGUGUUGAUUAUGUGUUGCAGAAUAGUGGUUAUAAAAAAUAA